UUUCGAAGCCAGGAACAUCCUCAGGAUGGACCUCAUCCUCCUGUGUGUGUUCCUGCCCCUGGUGAGUGUGGCGUGGGGCCAGCACGGCGCCGACUAUUACUACGGCCCCUAUAACUACGGAGAUAACGACGAGUGGGUCAACGUCUACCGGCAGGGCUUCAACUUCCAGUGCCCACACGGGCAGGUGGUCGUGGCCAUCAGGAGUGUGUUCAGCAAGAAGGAAGGCUCAGACAGACUGUGGAACUACGCCUGCAUGCCAGCAGCCCAGAGCCUCGGUGAGCCGACAGAGUGCUGGUGGGAAGAGAUCAACAGGGCGGGAACCGAAUGGUAUCAAACCUGCUCAGACAAUGGGCUGGUGGCUGGUUUCCAGAGUCAGUAUUUUCCAUCUGUGCUCGACCGUGAGUGGCAAUUUUACUGCUGCCGCUACAGCCGGAGGUGCCCCUACUCGUGCUGGUUAACAACAGAAUAUCCAGGGCACUAUGGAGAAGAUAUGGACAUGAUGAUGUAUGCUUAUGACUAUUACAUCCGUGGGGCAACCACGACCUUCUCUGCUGUGGACAGGGAUCGUCAGUGGAAAUUCAUUAUCUGCAGGAUGACAGAAUAUGACUGCCCAUUUCAAAAUGUUUAGAAAGAUUGAGUGCAUCCCCUUUGGAAAGCCCAGGGACAGACAGGGUGGGAUUAGGGUCAGUGAUUACACUAGAAGGCCAAUUAAGCUCACAAAAAAAAGUACCAAGACUCAUCCUCUGUCUGCUGCAGAAACAAUUCUCUCCCUCUGGAGCUGAUAAAUAAACUGCCAGCCUACGUGCUUGCUGUGAUGAUUCUGGAGGAUUCUUUCAAACUGCA